AUGCGUCGAGCUCUUGGGUGGCUGCUGUUGUCCCUGCUGUCUUGUUCCUGUGCUCAAAGUGUCCUCAGGAGACAGACUCGGGGUGCCUCAUCGAGCAAAGUGAAGCACUCUCAUGAAGGCUGGUUCCAGCAAAAGCUCGACCAUUUGAGCAAAAAUGUCCCUUCGUUCUGGAAACAGAGAUAUUAUAUGAAUGAUGCUUUCUACAAACGUGGAGGCCCAGUGUUUCUGUUUAUUGAAGGCUCAAAGGAUACCAAUAUAGACUGGAUAACAAGUAAUUAUACCUGGAUUACCUAUGCUCAGAGACUCGGUGCCCUCUGCUUCCUUCUUGAACACAGAUUUUAUGGACAAAGUCAACCAACAGGAAAUGUGAAUAUUGUCAGUCUCCGCUACCUCAGCAGCAAACAAGCCUUGGCUGACAUUGUCUACUUCCAAACUGAAAUGGCCAAGGAAAUGGGGCUCAGAAGAAAUAAAUGGGUGACAUUUGGCUGUUCCUAUGGAGGCUCCCUAGCAGUGUGGUCUAGAAUGAAAUACCCCAAACUUUUUGCUGCAGCAGUGGGCAGCAGUGCACCAGUUAUAGCAAAAGUUGAUUUUUUUGAGUACUUAGAAGUUCUUCAACAAUCUCUAGACACGUAUAACAGUGGAUGUUCAAAAGCAGUGAAAAGUGCAUCUGAUCAUAUUGUGGCAAUGCUGAAACAUCCAAAACAUCACAGUAAACUUACACAGGAUUUCAGGUUAUGUAAACCUCUUAAAAUUCACUCCUUAAUGGAUGAAGCCUAUUUUCUAGAGAGAUUAAUAAAUAUACUUCAUAGAAUUGUUCAAUAUCAUAAGAAUGAAACUAUUAAGGUUCAAAGACGUGCUGUCCAAAUUGAUGACUUUUGUGACAUGAUGACUGACAACUCUCUGGGGUCAUUCUAUGAUAGAUAUGUAAGAUUUGUCGAUAUAAUGCUCCAGAAUGAGAAUCGACAUUGCCUUCAAGCAGAUUAUCUUGAUUACGUAAUGACAAGAUCUAACCCUUUGUUAGAUGUGCCAAAUACUCAAGCCCGGCAGUGGUUAUAUCAGGCUUGCACUGAAUUUGGCUUCUUUUUGACCACAGAGUCAAAGACCCAGCCCUUCUCUGGAGUGCCUCUCAGGUAUUUUCUUAAGAAAUGUUCAGAUAUCUUUGGCUCUGAGUUCACUUACAGUUCACUGACUGCAGGUGUUUCAGCCACCAACAUGUACUAUGGUGGCCUUGAUAUGAAGGGAAGCAAAAUCAUUUUUCCCAGUGGCUCCAUUGAUCCUUGGCAUGCUGUGGGAAUUACAAAGGAUAUAAGUAAAAGCUUGCCUGCUGUUUUCAUUAAAGGUAAAGUGAAGCACAUUGUUCAGAUGUAUACAUACAAGAGGAGUCAGAUUCAGCUGAACUAA